UAACCAAAGAAAAUGUGCCACAGUCUUCAUUCAACUCUACGACCCGAGCUGAGCUGACCUGCUCCUGAAACCUUCAACUUUUGUGCUUCUGUUCAGUGACUCAAACAAGACCUCAUCAUGGUGUCAAUGGGACGACAGAUGCUGGGCUUAGCCAUGGCCAUCAUUGGCUUCCUGGGGACCAUCAUUGUGUGUGCCCUGCCUAUGUGGAAGGUCACGGCCUUCAUUGGAGCCAACAUUGUGACAGCGCAGAUCAUCUGGGAAGGCUUGUGGAUGAACUGUGUGAUGCAGAGCACAGGUCAGAUGCAGUGCAAGAUCUAUGAUUCUAUGCUGGCUCUACCAGAGGACCUUCAGGCUGCCAGAGCUCUUGUGGUUGUCGCCAUCAUCGUUUCUGCCUUUGGGGUGAUAAUGGGCAUUGUGGGAGGCAAGUGCACCAACUUUGUGGAGGAUGAAGUUGCCAAAGUCAAGGUGGCCAUUGCUGCUGGAAUCAUCUUCAUCUGUGCCGGUGUUCUUGUCCUCGUCCCUGUCUGCUGGUCUGCCAACACCAUCAUCAGGGAUUUCUACAACCCCAUUUUGACCGAUGCCCAGAGGAGAGAGCUGGGGACGAUGGCUUCCAUGCGAAUGCAGAUGGCGGGCUGUGUCAUGGCCCUUUUUGGCUGGAUAGGGGUGCUCAUUGUCUGCAGCGCACCCAUGUGGCGGGUCACUGCCUUCUUUGGCAACAACACAGUGAAAUCCCAGACCAUGUGGGAGGGCAUCUGGAUGAGCUGCGUGGUACAGAGUACAGGCCAGAUGCAGUGCAAGGUGUAUGACUCCAUGCUGGCUCUGAGCAUUGACCUCCAGGGGGCCCGGGUUCUGGUGGUGGUUUCCAUCAUCACAGGCAUCGCCGGGCUCCGCAUAGCUUUCACUAGUGGAAAGUGCAUCAACUUCAUUCCAGAAAAGAGGGCCAAGGCGAAUGCUACAGUGGCAGCAGGCAUGGUGCUGAUCAUCAGUGGAUUCCUCUGCCUUAUCCCUGUUUCCUGGACUGCCAGCACUAUCAGAAGACACUUCUACAACUCUCUGCUGGUAGACGCUCAGAAAAAAGAGCUCGGGGCCUCUCUUUACGUCGGCUGGGGGGCCGGGGCACUGCUGCUCUUAGGAGGAGGGCUUCUGUGUGCCAACUGUCCCAAAGAGGAUGUGACCCCCUGUGUGAAGUACCUCCUAAACAAGUCUGGAGGAAACAGCAAAGCAGAUUCAGUCCAAUGUUUUACACCAACAAAGAUGUGUAUUUGAGAUUGCUAAAGGGACAAAGGGAAGACUGGUUGAUGACUGGUUUUGUCUGUUUUUUGUCCUCAAGAAGUAAAAGAAACUUGGAGUUUAAUCAGUUGCUGUGAAAUAGCAAGAAAAAGGACACAGACAACCCACAAUGAAGGAAAAUGCAUUUUGUCCUUACAAGAUAAUCACACACUGAUGAUGAAUGAAGAUGCUCCCUGUCUGAAAUUGCUUUGAAAAUUAUUAUUGGCACUCUUGGCAAUGAACAUGUAUAUGGGGGUAGUUUAAAUUAUAGAAACUCUAUGUUUUACAUGUUUGCGAAAGAGGUUGGUUUCAUUUGAACUUUUUUUUGUGUUCUAUUUUUUUCACAAUAAAAAAAAAUCAUCUUG